GCUCUCUCUAUCUCUCCCCGGUACGGUCGGAUUCUACGUUAUCCAAUCACACUCUAUUUUUCACCGCAGUUAAAGAAAAAAACACAAAGUGAAGUAAACUCAUUACUAGUUUGGUUUCUCAACGAAUCCUUACUUAAUCACUCUGAUCAAAUACCAUUAAUUAUCACCGAUCCUCUGAUUAAUCACUCUUUAAUCGUCUCUUUAUUUCUCUCUCUCUCUCUUCUUCUUCUUCUUCUUCCUCCAGAGAGCACCUUAUGCUGAUUCCUCUCCUUUUCUUCCUCAACUCAUAAACCCGAUCGGCCGAUUCCUUCACAAUUAUCCUUAAAAUUUUCGAUUUUGAUUAUUGGGUUUCUCUCUGAUCAUGGCGGUUGUUGAGACUGGAGCAGCAGCUACUGCUGCUGAUGCAGGAGGAGUCGUGAUCCAGCCGCCGCCGUCUUCACCACCAUCUUCAAUGACUAGUCAAGAUUCCGGCGUUUCUUCCGAUGAUCAGAACCAUCACUCUAGGAUCGAUCAAGUUCUCCGGCACGAUCAAGGUCUUUACAGCAAGAUCGGGUCACACGUGGCGAGAUCCGACGGCGUUGACGGUGGUGAGAGCUUUAAGCGUGAUAUGAGAGAGCUUCAGGAGCUUUUCUCUAAGCUUAAUCCUAUGGCUGAAGAGUUUGUUCCUCCUUCUCUGAAUAAACAAGGAGGUAACGGUGUUAACGGUGGUUUCUUCACCUCUGCUGGUUCCUUCUUCCGCAACAAUGGCUUUGCUGGUACCGGAAAUGGCGGAUACGGUAACGAAAACGGUGGUUUCCGACGGAAGAAGAGUUUUGGUCAAGGGAAACGAAGGAUGAAUGCUCGAACAAGCAUGGCUCAGCGAGAAGAUGUUAUCCGUAGAACCGUCUACGUCUCUGAUCUCGAUCAACAGGUCACUGAAGAGCAGCUUGCUGGUUUGUUUGUGAGCUGUGGACAGGUUGUUGACUGUCGCAUAUGCGGUGACCCAAACUCGGUCCUUCGGUUUGCAUUCAUAGAGUUCACUGAUGAAGAGGGUGCGAUGACUGCUCUAAAUUUAUCGGGGACUAUGUUGGGAUUCUAUCCUGUGAAAGUUUUACCAUCCAAAACAGCUAUAGCACCGGUUAACCCGACAUUUUUGCCUAGGACUGAAGAUGAGCGUGAGAUGUGUGCAAGAACUAUCUACUGUACUAACAUAGACAAGAAGGUGACUCAAUCAGACGUGAAGAUCUUUUUUGAGUCCUUCUGCGGAGAGGUUUAUCGCCUGAGGCUGCUUGGAGAUUAUCAACACUCGACUCGUAUUGCUUUUGUAGAGUUCGUAAUGGCGGAAAGCGCAAUAGCUGCUCUCAACUGCAGUGGAGUUGUUCUUGGUUCUUUACCUAUAAGGGUGAGUCCUUCAAAGACGCCUGUUCGUCCGAGAUCACCGAGGCAUCCAAUGCAUUGAUCUUAGCUUUACAGGUUUUCACAUAUCUCAUGUCUCCGCAAUAUAUAUAUCGCUGUGUCGUCUUAAAAACAGCAUUACACAGACAUGUAAAGAUGUUUGUCUGCAUCUCUCAUCUCUUGUUUUCGAAAUGUAACUCUGGGAUCUGAUGAUGCUUCUUUCUUCUUCCUUUACCUGAGAAUCUUUUGGGUAAAAAAAACCUCGUAGAGAGUUUUUAUUUAUCUCUUAAAAAGAAAAGAGCUUAAAACAUAUCACACAUCCAGAAGUUACUUCGUACAGUUACAAUUUUACAAUCGUGUGUUAUUGGUUUCGAAGAAAGUCAAAACUGAUUUCUUUUCUUUUUUUUUGUCGGAAUAAAAAAUUGAUUUAUGACAAAAAGAGUUUGGAUCAAAUUUGAUGUUCUUAGUUUUGUCCGAAGGACAACAGAAGCGGUUGUGUUGUUGUAAUAUGGAGAUCAAAAAACAGGUCAACUUAGAACAGCUGUUUUUGUCAGUUCUUAAUAUCUAAAAAGUCAACUUUGGAAAUUUCGAGAGAUAAUAUAAUUAAAAAAAUGUUUUGGUGGUUUUCUUAAUUUGUGACGUCAUCAAGUACGAAAUGCGGUCUAGGUACAACGGUGGUUACUCAAUGUUUGUGCUUUUCGAGACUGAGUUUUUACUUUC